AUGACCGCUAGCCACCACCCGCCAAACCCUUACCCAUCACCUCCGAUAACCAGCACCACCACCCACGUAUUCUGGCAACACCGCCACCCGCCUAUUCAGUUUACCCACAUCAUCGAUUUCAUCAGCGGAACAAGAAGAAACGGGGUUAGAUGGGAACACACGAAUGCGAAGAAGAACAAUGGAGUUACAGGUUUUUGGUGGCUUUACAAUUGGAGGUUUCUGGAGGCGUUAGGGUUACAAGUUUCCAGCAUCUUUACAGUUGCAGGGAACCACUUGGGUUGUGGUGACUUGGUAAGGCAUGUGGAAGAUAUGGUGGAUAACCUAUUGACCCAUGUUCAAAUCCUGGCACUACUAAGCCCUUGUGGCCAUGGAGGUCCGCCUGCAGUGACUCCAGGGCAUGAGGCAAAGCCUCAUGUUUGCAGCGGGGGAUUAGUCGGUACGCGAAAGCUGGCCCGGAAACCCUCGUUAGGGAAGUUCCCUUUCCAAAAAAAUGACCCCGAUCGAGACAGAGGCGUUGAUUGGCAUAUCAUACCUUUGUCCCCUGCCUACGCCCUAAUUAGCUUAGCCAUGGUAAUGGUGCGUGCACCAGUACUAAAGUUAGCAGGUGAUGGUUUGUUGACUUCUGACUCUCCUGCAAGAGUUCCAAGUUGGACUUUGAUUAUUGAGAGAUCGCUUAAUCUGGGCCGUAAUGAAUGUUGGCUAGCAAAGGAGGCUGGCAGGCUUGGCCAUGUGGCUCAUCUGAUUGGUAUUUCUAGCGUGCCUAGAGGCACGCUAUCAAGUCUCCCUAGUCUUAUUUGUAGCGACAAAGGUGUGCUUAGUUGCAAUAGAUGGGACUAG